AUGCUCCAUCGAAGUGAUGUUCGGGGGGAUGUGGGGUUCGACGGGAACGGGAACGAAGCCCACUACUAUCGGAAGCGGAGGCGCUUGAAUCCUAGGAUCCCCAGCCCAGAAUUGCUCACCAUCCAGCACACUUCAACUACAUAUCGCAGCAUUUCCGUGCACGGCAGCGCAGACACACCACAUAGCUGCAAUGAUCCAAUAUCGGGGGACCGAAGUAGCUUAUUGCCGGACUGGCAUGGAUUGGAGACCGCUGCAGGAACCCAAGCUGCGACCGGUUUGGAUCAGGCGGCGUUGAUACUCCAAGAAGAGUGCUGCUAUGGAAUGCUACCCAGUAUUCGUGUGAGGCUUUCUGCCGGCCCUCUGGACUCGUCGAAGUAUCUUCCUGUCUCCCUCGAAGCCUCGAAUAUAAUACGGCUGCAAGAUUCCAGCAGACACGAAACAUUCCAAAUCGAAAGCCCACUCCAUCUAUCUGCCUUGGAUCAGCUCGUGGCUAUAAAAGACAUCUCGAUGCAAUCAUAUUGCAGUGCUGAUACUUCGAUUUCGACCAUACAGGAACCUCAUAAACGGAAGCGACGGGUUAGGCAUAAGCAGUCAUGGACCCUCCGUGUUAUUCUCUAUGGACCACCAGAUCUCGAGGAUAUAAUUGGACAAUUCUUGUCUGGACAAAAGAUUUAUCUCCAGGAUCCAGUUCAUUGCGAUCGGUGUGUCCCGUAUAGAAAUCCACAUGUGAUACAGCCAGCGACAGGCGAGGUGUUAAGGACAAACAUGUUCGAACCUCAUGCUGCAAACCUGGAAAUUGAGCGACUAGAAGCUAGCUCGGACCUUCUCUCCCAGCUUAUGGGUAACGCAGUACAAUUGCCAGAGACCGAACCCUCAGAUAUUGUGAAAACUACCCUUUUCAGUCAUCAAAAACAAGCACUGACUUUCAUGCUUCGUCGUGAGAAGGGCUGGCAGGUGAAUCUGCUUGGUGAUAUUUGGACUUCGCAUACGGAUACUUUCGGUCGAACCAAGUACAGGAAUAAUGUAAAUGAAACCUUUCAAGUGGAUCGUCCACCUUCUUUUCAGGGUGGCCUCCUCGCCGAUGACAUGGGACUUGGAAAGACGCUCAGUAUGAUAGCUGUCAUCGCUAGCAAUCAGGUCACAAAAGUCCUUCCGUCCCCUCCUAUGACACUAGAUCCCUUUCAAGGUCCCGCCGUCAAGACUUCGAUUCUAAUAGUUCCCCUGGCUCUCAUUCAGUCGUGGGAGGAACAAUUCAAGGUACAUGUCAAGAGUGGCACGCUGAAGAUACACGUCUUUCAUGGGCAAAAUCGUAGAAGUGUGGAUUGUUUGAAAUCCUUUGAUGUAGCCAUCACGACUUAUCACACGAUUAGCUCCAUCUGGAGGAAGUGGAAAGAUAAUGCAGACGCAUCAGAAUCGAUAUUCUCGAUCAUGUGGCACCGUGUUGUUCUUGAUGAAGCUCAUAUCAUCCAGAAUUCCCAGAAACAUUUAGCCCAAUCAUGUUGUGCUCUACGGUCGACUAAUCGUUGGGCUAUCACUGGAACACCCAUCCAGAAUAAGCUAUCAGAUUUCUCGAGCAUUGUUGCGUUUCUCCAGGUCCAUCCAUACUCAGAUCAAGCCAUAUUCGAUGAGGAGAUUGCUAAACCUUGGCGGAAAGACAAUUUUCUCGGAUUUCUGAGACUAAAGACAUUGGUUCGUGCAAUAACCAUCGCUAGAACGAAGGAUGUGGUUCUUCUUCCGCCUAGAGAGGACUUUAUACAUCAUGUGGAUUUCAUGCCAGAGGAACGCCAGAUAUACGAAGAUGCCAAGAAGCAGACAGUCGCGCUACUUCAGGAUGCAGCCUCCUCAUCCUACGAAAACCGAACUUCGGUGAACGCCCUUCAACGGCUCAAUGCACUUCGUCUGAUCUGCAGUCACGGUCUGCUCACACAGUCCUACUUAGCAGCGCAAAGUUUAUCCCAGAUUACACCCUGCACAGGAUCGCAGGAUGUAUAUGCGGACUCCCUCUGUACCGAGGACUUGGAAACAAUGUUCGAUGGCUCUGAUUCAUGUGUGCAAUGCGGGGCUACUACGAUCGCUGACCUUGUGGAAUAUUCACAGCAGAACGACGGAGCCUCACUGCUCGGACUUGGCGGUGAUCAACCAAUUCUUUGUCCGGGCUGCAGGCCACGAAUAAAUCGACCCGUGACUGUACGAGAAAGUCGUUAUACUGAUAAUCUCCAAGUUCUGGAUAGCCCAAUGACCAUGUCUUCGUCGCCAAGCGUCGCAUCAUCGCCAACCUCAGAUAUUGGCCAGGGCAGCACUCUGCUAUCUAUGCCGACCAAAAUCAAGGAGCUCCUGACAGAUCUCACCACUCGCGGAGCCGAUGAGAAGAGUGUCGUGUUCUCUUAUUGGACAUACACCCUCGACCUGAUCCAAAUUAUGCUUGAAGACAGCAAGAUCCCCUUUGUUCGGUUCGACGGCAAAAUGUCCCAAGCAAAACGAACAGAAUCUCUCCGCACAUUCAAACGAGAUCCUUCUGUUCGCGUGAUCCUCGUCUCAAUAACAUGUGGCGGCGCUGGUCUCGAUCUGACAGCCGCAUCCCGAGCCUACCUCAUGGAACCGCACUGGAAUCCCAUGAUCGAAGAGCAAGCUCUCUGCCGCGUACACCGCGUCGGCCAAAAACGUAGCGUGACAACAAUUCGAUACCUCAUGAGAGAUUCGUUUGAAGAGCAAGUCGUUGAGAUCCAAAAACGCAAGAAACUCCUCGCAAAAGUCGCGUUUGGACAGGAUCCCCUGGAGGAGAGCGGAAUUGGGAUGAGCACUUUGCAGUACCUGAAAUCGGUUCUGGAGUGAAGGAAUUUUUAGUUUUGAUGCCUGGAUACUCAUGCCAUGGGUGAGGAGUGUCGCUUGCCCUGCCUUGCUCGAUGAAGCGAGACUUGAUCUGGCGUGGAGAGGGCGGCUGGAUAUAGAAGGAGCUCAAUGUACAAGCGUGGUAACUUGAAGAGUACUGGUUACCAAUGUAACUACAGGGAUGACUCUGGUAUCUGUUGAUACAUACACGUCUUUCGGGCUUUAAAGCCAUGGGUAUCGUUUGAGACACCAAAACCCAAUAACCAAUAUUUUCCUUCCUGUCUCGUGACCCCGGGUAUCAUUACACCUCUCAGUUAAAAGGACCAAGUACGCCAUUCUACUUCCCGUCUCGAGUAAAAUCAGUAGAGAAUCUCAGACACAGUGGGCCCGAUGAUUGUGUCCGUUUUGGCACUGGUAGAGGCGUGGCUUUUAGGAUCCAAACCCGAGAAUUCACUGGAGGUAAUCAUCCUUGGACGCUUUCCUCUGGGCCUCGUCUGCUGCACUGCUGACAGCGUUUCCUCUUCUUCUGGAGCAUGAGAAGCCACCCGCUUCAAUGAUGUUGUUCGUUCUCGGUCAUGAAAUAUGGUCAUCUCGUUCCACUCCUCCACUGAGAACGGAUUCUCUUCGCCAUCCUGGAAGUCCGAAAGAGACGAAGACGAUGUUCUGGGUGGUUGAUUUGUGAAACUGCCAAUAUUCUCCCGUGGCGAAGAUGGCCAUGGCGCAGAGGAACACCCAGCGGGACUCAUUGAAGGCGGUUGUGUUGUAGGCUGCGUGGAUCCCACCGAUACUCCGAAAGCUGACGGGCUUGUUGCUGAUCCAUAUGCUGAUGAUGCUGUGUUAUUGGGACCCAUGCAUGAUCUGCUGGUCGAUGCCAAAGCCGAGUUGUCGAAUUCAGAUGCAAAUCUCGCUUCAGUACCGCGCUGUGCUUCUCGUUCCUGUUCUUGUUGAGCAUCGAGUGCUGCAACCUCUUUUUUACGUGCUGUGUACAGUUUAUUUGUGGUACCAUACGUACAUGCUGUUGAAUCAGCCACCGAUUUGUACGGUCUUGGAGUUCGGUGCUUACUACUUCCCUUGGAUAUACAAUUUCCGCAGCUGGGAAACUGGCUAUCACAUACCACUCCCUUGUGGACUUGCCCUGUGCAGGACAGGCAAGCUGUUUUGAGGUAGCGGAUUUGUUCGUUCUUUAAAGCUCGUGGCAUCUUGUAACUGUAAGGUGCUCUAGAAUGUCCUUGGAG